AUGACGGUUUAUCUUCGAGUUUUCCUCCUGCUCUUCCUGGUGGCCACUUCGGUUUUCGGAGAGUUUCAUCUUCAUGGAAAAAUUGGAUGCAAAGGAAAGGCGAGUAUGACAGGCGAGAAGAAAAUUGUAAGUUUGGGUUGAUACCUGACUUGUAUAAUUUUUUUUUUAAAACUUUUUGAAAAGAAGAAUAAGAACUCCAUUUCACGUUUUUGAAAAAAAAAACUCAGUUUUCGGCAAAAAACUAUUUUUUCCGAGCUGCGCCCAGUCCUUGAUUUGGAACUCCAUUGAAAAUUUAUUUAUUUUUUUGAAACCCCAAAAAAAGUUAGCUAACAGGGGAAUUACUCCAAGUGCGACGCUCAGAUUUUCUUUAAAUUUUGCACACACGUCGGGUAUGGACUAGAUAUCAAUUCCUGAAAGUUUUAGCUCGCGCUUUGCGGGCGACGCCGAGAUAUCGAACAAUUUUUGCCGCCGAGAGAGCAGGCUAAACGUGGAGGGCGGUCAGAGAAAAAAGCGCUUUUUGGCCAUAACUUUGGCAGUUUCGUGCGGAAAAAUUUGAUUUUUUGUAGAAACAUUAUCCUUUACAGUAGAAGUAGGCAUGAAAAUUUCCGUGCCGAAAUUCGGCAAAAAGUCCAAAAUUUUCGCCGACUUUCGAUCUAAAAAUCUCGGUUGUUUCUGCAAAGCGCGAGCUAAGAAUCUUGCAUAUACCUUAGAAAAAAAGGUAAACUAUCCUUUUUCUGGCCCCGCCGAAAAGCAAGAAUUUCCGGUUCGCGCCCACAACUUUUGCUGACUGCGGAAACACGGUUAGGAAUUUGAGAAACACGUAGGAAUUUCAGGCUUAGCUUAGCCUCAGGCUUAGGCUUAGUCUCAGGCUUAGGCUUAGCCUCAGGCUUAGGCUUAGCCUCAGGCUUAGGCUUAGUCUCAGGCUUAGGCUUAGCCUCAGGCUUAGGCUUAGUCUCAGGCUUAGGCUUAGUCUCAGGCUUAGGCAGGUUAGGCUUAGCCUCAGGCUUAGGCUGAGCCUCAGGCUUAGGCAGCUUAGGCUUAGCCUCAGGCUUAGGCUGUUUCCUACUUUUAUUCGCAGUCUGCAGGGAAACCGGGGCGCAAGCUGCGAAGCGCGGGGCCAGAAAAAGGAUAGUUUUCCGAAAAAAAUAUUCUAAAUUUGUGCCAAGUUUCAUCAAAAUCUAAACGUCGCACUUGGAGUACUUCCCCUGUAAAUAAAAGUUAAAAGUCAAGGCUCGGGCGCAGCUGGGAAAAAAUCUUCUUUUGAGUGGGCUAGAAAAUGAAAUACUAUUUGAUUGUUUACCUAUUUUUAAGACAAAGUUUUAUUUUUAGCCGAAGUAAAGUGAAACCUUGUUUGAUUUUCUACCUAUUUUAAAGUCAAAAUUUGUAUUUUUAGAGAGCCGAAGUAUUUUCGUUGUCCAUUGUCGGUCGAUUGUCGAAUCCAAAUCAUUGUGGAGACUUCCUGGUAUCCGAAGACCGCUCUUUUAACUUGGUCUGUGAUGACGGACCUUUGGCUUCCAAGUUUUAUGUGCCUCGUGUUUUUAUGCAAGUUUUUUUUUUGAAACUUUGACAGACCUUUUUAAUAUAAUUAUAAAAAAAUAUAUGGAAUUUUUAAUCCGCCUUAAAAUUUUUUUGGUUUUUGUUAGUAAUCGAAAUUAAAUAUUUUUUCAGUUACCAUUCCUGCGAUGGACAUUGUCAUGAAUUCGAAGUGCGCGACAAGUUUGUCUUUGAAAUGGAAUUGUCGGCCGAAGGACGGACCAGACCUCCAAUCUUUUGUUCCCAACAAGUUUACUAG